AGUACAUACAUAUGUGCAUACCAGCCAACUACAUACAUUUACUUUACAUACCUACACAAAUUAUCUAAAGGCAUAUACUCGUAGUAUAACUAUUUUCCGACAAUUUAUUUAUUUGACCUAUUUUAACCCUAUUGGCUUUUUGUUUUUUAGUAUUACUUCAGACAACGGGAGGAACAUGCUGAAAGCGGUGGAAAUUCUUAAUGAAACUUCCGAGAUGAGUGAAGAGUUAGAUCUAGGGGUAGAGGAAAUUGUAGAUUCCAUUACACUUCCGAAUAUUCAAUCUAUACGUUGUGCGGCUCAUACACUCCAGCUAUGCGUUAAUGACAUAAAUAAAGAUAUCAAUAUUUGUCAGAAAAUUGAAACUGCGAGGAAGUUAUGUAAAACUUUAAGAAUUCCAAAAAAUAGACGCAUAUUAUUGCAAUCGGAUAAUUGCAUACCUCCACUUGACGUUUCCACCAGGUGGAAUUCAACAUAUCGUAUGUUACAAAAGUUAUUAGAAAUAAAAUCAUUCCUUAUGGAACAACAGAUUUUUGAAGAUACGGUAGAUUGGCAAUGGAUUGAAGAGUACGUCGAAACUUUAAAGCCUAUUUGGAUUGCCACACUUAAAAUGCAAGAAGAACAACUUGUAUUAGGUGACUUCUUCAAAAUUUGGAUGGAGCUUAAACUGCAUUACGAAAAUGCUUCCAGUGAUCUGAAAAUUAAACUAAAAACAGCAUUAAAUGAAAGAGAAGGUUUGCUUUUAGAAAGUGUACCAAUGUUGAGUGCAAUUUAUUUUGAUCCUCGAAUCAGUUUGGUAUUGACUAACAACCAAAAAGCAUUGGCCAAAGCUCAUUUGAAAAAAAUUGCAAAAAAUAUUUUGAAUAUGAAACAGGUACAAAUUAAAAAAUAGGGCGGGUCGAA